AUGGUGGCGUCAGAGUCGGGCGAGUACGAGUACGAGCCGUGGGCCGAGGAGCGCCUCGAGCGAAUCCGACGGCGAGAGGCCAUUCUCAAUGCCGUGCCCAUCACCCCCUCCUCCGCAUCCGCCGCUAAGCAAUCUCCACGCGCAUUGGCCGCCGCAAGAGCCGGCGCUGGCGGACUGACGGGCGCGAGCGGCGCGGCGGAGGAGCUUAGCUCGCCGUCGAAGACCAAGGAGGGGAAGGAGGGGAAGGGCGCGGAGAGGCGAGACACUUGGGGGGACGACAGCGGCGUUGCGCGGUCGAUCGCUCGCCCAAUGACGUUCCUGCGUAGUGUGGCGCGGUUCUACUGCACCAUCUUCCUCCUCUUCCUCCUCCUCACCGCCUGCCAGGUGUAUGUCAUGUGGACGGAGGAGCUGGGGGCGCUGGAGGUGUCCUCUACAGGCCUCUCGUCGCUGCUCAACACGGUGAGGAGGGAGGGAAGAGUCGACUCAAAAGCAGACUCCUACUCCCUUCCCCUCGCUCCCCUUGUGGUGUCGUGCUCCCCUCGCUCCCUUCCCCUCGCUUCCCGUGUGGUGUCGUGCUCCCCUCGCUCCCCAUGUGGUGUCGUGCUCCCCUCGCUCCCUUCCCCUCGCUCCCCGUGUGGUGUCGUGCUCCCCUCGCUCCCUUCCCCCCUCUCCCCUUGUGGUGUCGUGCUCCCCUCGCUCCCUUCCCCUCGCUCCCCGUGUGGUGUCGUGCUCCCCUCGCUCUCUUCCCCGCGCUCCCCGUGUGGUGUCGUGCUCCCCUCGCUCCCUUCCCCUCGCUCCCCGUGUGGUGUCGUGCUCCCCUCGCUCCCUUCCCCGCGCUCCCCGUGUGGUGUCGUGCUCCCCUCGCUCCCUUCCCCUCGCUCCCCAUGUGGUGUCGUGCUCCCCUCGCUCCCUUCCCCUCGCUCCCCAUGUGGUGUCGUGCUCCCCUCGCUCCCUUCCCCUCGCUCCCCUUGUGGUGUCGUGCUCCCCUCGCUCCCUUCCCCUCGCUCCCCGUGUGGUGUCGUGCUCCCCUCGCUCCCUUCCCCGCGCUCCCCGUGUGGUGUUGUGCUCCCCUCGCUCCCUUCCCCUCGCUCCCCAUGUGGUGUCGUGCUCCCCUCGCUCCCUUCCCCGCGCUCCCCGUGUGGUGUUGUGCUCCCCUCGCUCCCUUCCCCUCGCUCCCCAUGUGGUGUCGUGCUCCCCUCGCUCCCUUCCCCUCGCUCCCCUUGUGGUGUCGUGCUCCCCUCGCUCCCUUCCCCUGGCUCCCCGUGUGGUGUCGUGCUCCCCUCGCUCCCUUCCCCGCGCUCCCCGUGUGGUGUCGUGCUCCCCUCGCUCCCUUCCCCGCGCUCCCUGUGUGGUGUCGUGCUCCCCUCGCUCCCUUCCCCUCGCUUCCCGUGUGGUGUCGUGCUCCCCUCGCUCCCCAUGUGGUGUCGUGCUCCCCUCGCUCCCUUCCCCUCGCUCCCCGUGUGGUGUCGUGCUCCCCUCGCUCCCUUCCCCUCGCUCCCCAUGUGGUGUCGUGCUCCCCUCGCUCCCUUCCCCUCGCUCCCCUUGUGGUGUCGUGCUCCCCUCGCUCCCUUCCCCUGGCUCCCCGUGUGGUGUCGUGCUCCCCUCGCUCCCUUCCCCGCGCUCCCCGUGUGGUGUCGUGCUCCCCUCGCUCCCUUCCCCGCGCUCCCUGUGUGGUGUCGUGCUCCCCUCGCUCCCUUCCCCGCGCUCCCUGUGUGGUGUCGUGCUCCCCUCGCUCCCUUCCCCGCGCUCCCCGUGUGGUGUCGUGCUCCCCUCGCUCCCUUCCCCGCGCUCCCCGUGUGGUGUGCGCAGAGCAAGCCAGCGAAGCUCACGCGGCGAGUCGUGCUCUCCACCAUGGCGCGAGACAUCAUGGACCUGCAAGCCUCCCUCACGGCCAGCAUGGCACAGCUACAGCAGCAGCAGGCAGCACUGACCAAUCAGACAGCCCAGUCGCUGCAGGCGCUGGAAGCGCGGGUGACAGGUGGCAGCAGGCGAUUGGUGGACUUCACGCGGGCCAUGGGGGAGAAGCAGGCGGGGGAGGUGCAGGGCGUGCGGGCGCGUGUGGAGGAGAUGGGGCGCGUGCUGGCCAAGCAGGGGGAGAUGCUGGCCGAGCAGAUGGCUGCUGUCACUGCGCUCAAGGCGGAUCUGGAGAUGCGCAAGGCGGCGGCCACCCCCCCCAGCAACCAUUCCCUGUACUACAUCACGGACGACCUCCCUGACCUUUUUUCCCCUUCCAUCUUGCUGCAUCCCCUCCCUCUGCACCCCCUGUUACCGCACUGCACCCAGGCGGAUCUGGAGAUGCGCAAGGCAGCGGCCACCCCCCCCCUCCAACUACACGCUUCUGUGGAGAGUUCUGUCCCUCGUCCAGAAGGGACCAGGGAGUACCUUCCCGAUGUAGUCCACGACGUCUUCAAGCACUUCAGUAUCAUCAAGCGCGAAGAGGGCAAGGCACAGCAGUACGAGUGCAAGUACUGCUUCAAGGUCUUUACGGGUGCCGCCAUCCGAUGCGCUCAGCACCUUAGCUCAUGGAAGAAGAUGAAGCGCCGCGAGGUGGCGCUUUGCGGGAAGGCACCUGCUGAUGUUCGCCUCGAGAUCCGCAAGAAGUACGAGGCGCAGGCUGCUGCGAAAGAAGAGAAACAGCGAGCGGUGUUGGCUGCUAUAGCGUCGGUCAAAGCCGGUGGCAAACGGGCCCGCAUGACCGACUACCUCGAGGGCGACGCUGCUAGCGGCAAAACGUGA